AUGGUCUCCUUCACGAUCCCCAGCAACUACGGCGCCGUCAUCGCGGUCGCCCUCGGCGCCAUUCCCGUCCUCGGCUUCAUCCACGGCGGAAUCACCACCAGCUUCCGCAAGAAGGCCAAAGUGCCCUACCCGCACUGCUACGCCACCGUUGACCAGUGCAAGGAGAAUGCCUCAGCCGAGCAGUUCAACUGCGCUCAGCGCGCCCACUCCAACUUCCUCGAGAACGCCCCGCAGACUAUGCUCUUUACCCUCGUCGCUGGCCUGAAGUACCCUGAGUAUGCGACGGCCAUUGGCGCUGCGUGGGUGGUGCUGCGCUCGCUGUUCCUGUAUGGCUACGUCUACUCGGGCAAGCCGCAGGGUAAGGGACGCAUGAUGGGUGGAAUGUUUUGGUUGGCGCAAGGUGCGCUGUGGGGAUUGAGUGUCUUUGGUGUUGGCCGGGAUUUGCUGUAA